UUUAAUGGAGGGCAAACAGGUUGGUUCCAGAGCAGAGAACUACAAGCCAAACCAGAGCACAAUGGUCUCAGUAUCUUCACAGCUCUAGAUCACAAACACAAAAACCAUUUCUCCAUUCUCAUUCUUCUUUUCAAAUUUCCCUCCCGUAAUUUACAAACUCAGUAAAAAUAAAAAUGGAAACUCUCUCAGUUUCCAAGCUCCUAGCUUUGUUCUUGAUGGCCUUGUUUGUGGGUCCGGAGCUCAUGAACUGCACUGUGAGCUAUGACAGGAAGGCUCUUCUCAUCAAUGGCCAAAGGAGAAUUCUUAUCUCCGGCUCCAUUCAUUACCCCAGAAGCACACCUGAAAUGUGGGAAGAUCUUAUACAGAAGGCCAAAGAUGGAGGCUUGGAUGUGAUAGACACUUAUGUGUUUUGGAAUGUUCAUGAACCUUCUCCUGGCAAAUACAAUUUUGACGGGAGGUACGAUCUAGUACGGUUCAUAAAGACGGUGCAGAAAGUAGGUCUAUAUGUUCAUCUCCGCAUUGGACCUUAUGUCUGUGCAGAAUGGAAUUUCGGAGGAUUUCCCGUCUGGUUGAAGUAUGUUCCUGGUAUCAGCUUCAGAACAGACAACGGGCCUUUCAAGGCGGCAAUGCAAGGGUUCACCCAGAAAAUUGUUCAGCUGAUGAAGGAUGAGAAGCUAUUUGAACCACAAGGUGGUCCAAUCAUUCUUUCCCAGAUCGAAAACGAGUACGGUUAUCAGAGCCGGCAAACUGGAGCCAUUGGCCAUAACUACGUGGAAUGGGCUGCGAAAAUGGCUGUGGGGUUGGACACGGAUGUUCCCUGGGUGAUGUGCAAGGAAGAUGAUGCCCCUGAUCCUGUGAUAAACACGUGUAAUGGUUUCUACUGUGAUGCCUUCACCCCCAACAAACCUUACAAGCCUAAAAUUUGGACUGAGAAUUGGAGUGGCUGGUUCUCCGAGUUUGGCGGGGCAAAUCCCCAGAGACCAGUUGAAGAUUUGGCAUUUUCUGUUGCUCGAUUCAUACAAAAGGGUGGCUCAUUCAUUAACUACUACAUGUACCAUGGAGGAACAAACUUUGGACGCAGCGCGGGAGGUCCCUUCAUUACAACCAGUUAUGACUAUGAUGCUCCAAUUGAUGAAUAUGGUUUGAUCAGGGAACAGAAAUAUGGUCAUCUCCGGGAGCUUCACAAGGCUAUUAAGUUGUGUCAACAAGCUUUAGUUUCCUCAGAUCCUACUAUUACUAGAUUAGGAGCCUAUCAGCAGGCUCACGUAUUCAGUUCGGGGUCAAUACGAUGCGCAGCGUUUCUCUCCAACUUUAACUUUAGAUCACCUGUUAGAGUGCUUUUCAAUAACUUGCACUAUGAUUUGCCUCCUUGGUCCAUUAGUAUCCUUCCAGAUUGCAAAAACGUAGUAUUUAACACAGCAAGGGUGGGAGCUCAAACCUCACAGAUGCAAAUGUCUCCGACCAGUACUAAGUUGCUCUCCUGGGAGACUUACGAUGAAGACGUUUCUUCAAUAGACGAUAGCUCGACAAUCACAGCUGUUGGUCUUCUCGAGCAGAUAAAUAUCACUAGAGAUACAAGUGACUACUUGUGGUACAUGAUCAGUGUCGAUAUAAGUUCAUCAGAAUCAUAUCUUAAGGGAGGCCAAAAACCAAUUCUUACCGUGCAGUCUGCUGGAGAUUUCCUUCAUGUUUUCAUCAAUGGGCAGUAUUCAGGCUCAGCCUUUGGGAGUAGGGACCAGAGACAAUUCACGUUUACUGGACCAGUUGAUCUCCAAGCUGGAACUAACAAAAUUUCACUCCUCAGCAUAACGGUUGGAUUACCGAAUAUUGGGUUGCACUAUGAGACGUGGAAAACUGGUAUCCUGGGUCCAGUUUUGCUGACUGGUCUUGACCAAGGAAAGAAGGACUUAACAUUUCAGAAAUGGUCCUACCGGGUUGGUCUAAAAGGUGAGGCAACGAAUGUGGUCUCUCCAAAUGGAGCCACAUCUGUUGACUGGAUGCGAGCAUCACUGGCUACCGGAAGCCAACAGCCUUUGAGAUGGCAUAAGUCUUACUUUGAUGCACCUGGGGGAAACGAGCCACUGGCUUUGGACAUGCAAAGCAUGGGAAAGGGUCAAGUGUGGAUCAACGGCCAAAGCAUAGGAAGAUACUGGACAGCUUAUGCAAAAGGUGGCUGCUCUUCAUGCACUUACACUGGGACAUUUCGGCCCUCAAAGUGUCAGACUGGUUGUGGAGGACCUACUCAAAGAUGGUAUCAUGUUCCUAGGUCCUGGCUAAAGCCAACAAAAAACGAAAUGGUGGUCUUUGAGGAACUUGGCGGAGAUGUGACAAAGAUAUCUCUAGUAAAGAAAUCAGUGUCAACUAUUUGUGGCGAUCAAUUUGAGAACCACCCCAACAUAGAUAGCUAUAAGAUCGACAGCGACGGUGGAUCAAGCGUGUCUAACUCCGCCAAGAUUCAUCUCCAGUGCGCGCCAGGGCAAACCAUAUCGUCCAUUAAGUUUGCAAGUUUUGGCACUCCUUUCGGAACUUGUGGCAAUUUCUACCAAGGCAAAUGCCACGCGGCAAGCUCUCGUGAUGUUCUCAAAAAGACAUGCACAGGUCGUGAGAGUUGCUCGGUUGGCAUAUCAAGUGGUAACUUUGGGACUGAUCCUUGCCCCGGAGUGCUCAAGCGUUUAACAGUUGAGGCUAUUUGUUCUUAAGAGGGACGAUGAUAAUUUAUUUAAUUCUUUGCCUACCUUGUUUGAAGGCAAAUGAAUAGUGAGAAAUAAGAGUGGUGAUAUUAUCACAGGAAAAAUCCAUUGAAAUAUUACCAAUUGCAAAUAUGUAAAGUGAAUGAAUAGGCAAUUCUUUUGCCUUAAGGUUUGAUAUAGAGCUAUUAUGACCUAAUAUUUUGUAAAGGAACCGAUCUCUCCAUUGAGUUCAAAGUUUGAAUACAAAAAU